AUGGUGGCUGGUGCAGAGGCAGAUGGAGAUGCUAGCUGCGUGGCAGGCCCUGAGAAGAGCUCUUCUCCGAGUGCUGCUGAAAAUGGCUUGGACCCUGAUGAGGAGCCUCUUCUCAGAAAAAAUCCCCGCCGGUUCGUCAUCUUCCCCAUCCAGUACCCAGACAUGUGGAAAAUGUAUAAACAGGCUCAGGCCUCCUUUUGGACAGCAGAAGAGGUUGAUUUGUCAAAGGACCUUCCUCACUGGAACAAGCUGAAAGCAGAUGAAAAAUACUUUAUCUCUCAUAUUCUGGCAUUUUUUGCAGCCAGUGAUGGAAUUGUAAAUGAAAACCUGGUGGCACGUUUUAGUCAGGAGGUGCAGAUCCCAGAAGCUCGUUGUUUCUAUGGCUUUCAGAUUCUCAUUGAGAACGUUCACUCAGAGAUGUACAGCUUGCUCAUAGACACCUAUAUCAAAGAUCCUGAGAAAAGGGAUUUCUUAUUUAAUGCCAUUGAAACAAUGCCUUGUGUCAAGAAGAAAGCAGACUGGGCUCUGAAGUGGAUAGAAGACAGAGAAUCUACUUUUGGUGAGAGAGUGGUUGCCUUUGCUUCAGUUGAAGGCAUCUUCUUUUCGGGUUCCUUUGCUGCUAUAUUUUGGCUGAAGAAGAGGGGCCUGAUGCCUGGACUAACUUUCUCCAAUGAACUGAUUAGCAGAGAUGAGGGUCUACACUGUGAUUUUGCUUGUCUAAUGUUCCAUUAUUUAGUGAAUAGACCGUCAGAAGAGCGGGUCCGUGAGAUCAUCGUUAAUGCUGUUGAAAUUGAGCAGGAGUUUCUAACAGAGGCGUUACCUGUAGGUCUGAUUGGAAUGAAUUGCACUUUGAUGAAACAAUAUAUUGAAUUUGUCGCAGACCGGUUACUAAUGGAGCUUGGGUUCUCAAAGGUCUUUCAUGCAGAAAAUCCUUUUGAUUUCAUGGAGAAUAUUUCUCUGGAAGGAAAAACCAAUUUCUUUGAGAAGCGGGUUUCAGAAUAUCAACGUUUUGCUGUUAUGGCAGAAACAAUGGACAAUGUCUUCACUCUGGAUGCAGAUUUUUGAUAACUUGGCAAAUGAAGGGUAACUGUUUCCCUCUCCCCAUCUCACUUUUUACUGUGAAGUUGUCUUCAUUUCCUGUCCUGGAAUUGGAGUCUACCAGGAUUUUUCUCCUGGGUUUUCGUGUUGUUUGUCUGAGGAAUAAAUAUAUUUCUUUCUGUGUCAUUAAAAAA